UUCUAAUAGUGUCAUUAGUCUAGAAUAUAUCAACGUUUUCUUUUUAUCAAGAAAUAGUUGCUUUAAUAAGGUAAUGGUGCUAAAAAACUUUUAAUUUAGAAGUUUAUAAAAUUAUAAAUUGAACAUGUCUGGAUCUGGACAUAAACAUCGUUAUAAGAAUACUGCAUUGGACAGUGUAGAAUUACGUCGACGUAGGGAAGAAGAAGGUGUUCAGUUGAGAAAAGCAAAAAGGGAUCAGCAGUUAAACAAAAGGAGAAAUGUUAAUGUUAACCAAUUACUUCCUGACGAUGACCCCUUACAGUUGGAAGGUGACAUUUCAUCACCAGUGACACCUGGAAUAACACAAGAAAUGAUACAAAAUCUUUAUAGCAAUGACCCAGAGGUACAGUUGGCAGCGACCCAGAAAUUUAGGAAACUUCUCUGUCAGGAACCAAAUCCUCCUAUAGAUGAAGUAAUUCAAGCAGGAAUUGUUCCCAGAUUUGUAGAGUUUCUGCAAAAUACCGUCAACUGCACACUGCAGUUUGAGGCAGCAUGGGCAUUAACAAAUGUUGCAUCUGGUACCUCACAACAAACCCGAAUGGUUAUUGAUGCUGGAGCAGUGCCUAUUUUUAUUGCUCUUUUGGGAAGCAGUUAUGAAGAUGUUCAGGAACAAGCGGUCUGGGCACUUGGUAAUAUAGCAGGAGAUUCUCGUGAAUGUCGAGACCAUGUUUUAGAUUCUGGAAUACUGGUACCUCUUCUCCAAUUAUUAAGUAAAUCCAACCGUUUGACAAUGACAAGGAACGCUGUGUGGGCACUGUCUAACCUGUGUAGGGGCAAGAAUCCUCCACCAGAUUUUGCCAAAGUUUCUCCAUGUCUACCAAUUCUCUCUCGUCUCUUGUUUCACUCGGAUCCUGAUGUUCUCUCUGAUGCCUGUUGGGCAUUGAGCUAUUUAUCAGAUGGACCGAAUGAGAAGAUUCAGGCUGUUAUAGACGCUGGGGUGUGCAGAAGAUUGGUAGAAUUACUUAUGGCUCAACAACCAAACGUUGUUUCUGCUGCUUUAAGGGCAGUAGGAAAUAUUGUUACUGGAGACGACGUGCAAACUCAGGUUAUAUUGAACUGUUCUGCAUUGCCGUGUCUGCAUCACUUAUUAUCAUCUUCAAAGGAAUCUGUUAGGAAAGAAGCCUGCUGGACAAUUAGCAAUAUCACAGCGGGAAAUCGACAGCAAAUUCAAGCUGUGAUUGACGCGAAUAUUUUCCCGGUUCUGAUUGAAAUUCUUAGUAAGGCUGAGUUUAAGACGCGAAAGGAGGCUGCUUGGGCCAUUACGAACGCUACCAGUGGUGGCACACCUGAUCAAAUAAGAUACCUGGUGAAUCAGAACUGCAUCGGUCCUUUAUGCGAUCUUCUGACUGUUAUGGAUGCCAAGAUUGUCCAUGUGGCUCUAAACGGUUUAGAAAACAUUUUGAGAUUAGGAGAACAAGAUGCAAAAUUGCAGAAUGGUACUAACCCAUACGCUGUCCUUAUAGAAGAAUGCUACGGCCUAGAUAAAAUAGAAUUCUUGCAAUCGCACGAAAACAUGGAGAUUUAUCAGAAAGCCUUUGACAUAAUCGAACAUUUCUUUGGAACGGAAGAAGAGGACUCGAACGUCGCACCUUCAAUAGACACAGACCACCAGCAAUAUCAGUUUAGCUCUGAUCAGUCUGUACCUAUGGGAGGAUUUCAGUUUUAAAACAAAUAAGUGCCCAUAGUGAAAUUUCACUUUUCUGAAGACAUUUAAAUUAUUUUAAGGAAGACGACCUUCCUUACUCAAACCCAUAUUAAAAUUACAAUAUAAGUUCAGUCAAGUAGCGAACAGAAUUUUAUACAUGUGUACUAUUACUGUUGUUUCCAUAAUUUGUUGUAACUGUUUUACUGCAUGUAUUUUUAAUUUUUAUUGGUACUGUAAUAAUAUGUAUGUAUUUGUAAAUUUCUGAUAACAAUCAAUUUAUUUUAAGGGCAUUACUCGUGCAAUUGUAAGUACAAAAGUUUGAUUUAGUACAUCUGAUUUUUGCUAUUUCCCUGCUUUUGUACUGUGGUUAAUGAGCAUUUUUUGUAUAAAUAAUUGAAAAUUACUGUUGCCAGCUGUGUUACUGUGUUUAAUAUAACAAAACGUGUAUAAAUUUGUAUACAUGUGUAAAAUUCACAUUAUUAAUUGUUUAUAGUUUGUAUUAUAAAAAAUUAAUUAGCUUUAAAUAAAUUUUGUUCUUUUUAAAA